GUUCGCUUGUGUUCCAGCGCAGGGGAGAUUGCGAAGAGUCGCAAUCUUGCUUCAGAGAAAGUCAAGGCACUCGGGCACCCUGGCCUGUCCGACACCUUUUGGACAUUUGCAAAGACUGUCCAGCUGCUCAAGGUCGAAAAAGUCCAGGAUGGUGAGGAACAGAACUUGAGGUACAACAACACCUUGUACAACAAGGCCUUACACCAGGCUGCAACAGCAGCUGUUGCAGUGCUGCGGGGUCCAUCCGGUCCCGUGGAGAAGGCUGCCCGGAGAUUGGAGCUGGAAUUUGGGCGGGGCAUCUUGAGCAGUCAGUACUCGAAGUUGAGCAAGCUGUUAUCGCUGACCAACAAGCGCGCAUCUGCUACCAGAAACGCUGUAGACCUGACGGCCUGGAUGAUCGACUCCUUGACGCUGGCCCUGCGCAUGAACAUGGUCACGCCAGCUAAAUGCACCGAGAAGUUUCUGGAUCGAGACCGGAAGACAGGCGAUGCUGGCUUUUGGUUGUCGCGCAUGCUGGUGGUGCAGGUCUUCGAUUAUGCAGCAAAGCUGGCGAACAAGUUGCCUGAGCCGGACAAGGUUAAGCUGACAGGGAUUUUGGCUGAACUCCGUUGCCCUUCCACAGGUUGGGAGAAAUAUCUCUGCCAUGCUGAUGCUGAUCAAGGGGCUGCUGGAGAGGACGACAUGGACGGCGAGGACCCAGAGGACGUGGAGCGCCCUGUUCCGCAGGCCAAGAUUGGAGCUGUUAAAGAGGGUUUCAACAAAGCCAUUGGCAUGCUUUUGGAUUUGCUGCUGGAGCUGAUGUCGGGGAAGUACUACAAGGAUUGCUGCAUGCUGGCUUCGAGUGAAGAUGGCCUUGCAAAGGCAUUUACAGCUGCACAGCUUGGAAGCUCGGAUGACACGGAGCACGAGGAGCCAUGUGCGCUUAUCACUCAGAUGAAGAUCAUUGUCGACAAGUUCGACAACAGCACGAAGUCCGUUGGUGCCACAUCUGCGGCUCCUGCUCCGAGUUUGCUCCAAAGCCUGGCCAAGGCUUCUGAAGCUGACACACCCGAGGAAUGUGUCGAGCGUGAGCGGCAGUGGAAGGCGGUGCAAACGGAACGCCGCAAGUUCGUGUCGUUCUCGGUACCGAACAAGAUCUCGAAGGACUGCCUAGUCAAUGCGUUCAGAGGUUUCGGCAAGGUCUUCACGCACAAGGGCACCUUAAACUCUUCGCACCGCCUGAUCGUUGCCAGUGCGGAUCUCUUGGCAGAGGCUGGUACCGACCCGUGGCUCAAGGGCACGCCGCCAAGCGAGGAAUGGAAAGAGAUCUGUGCCUUUGCCAAAGACAUUUCUGGGCCCGAGGAUUUCGUCGUACUCUUCGACGGCAGAAUGCGGGAAAUUCGCCGCGUGUCCGAAGACCUCCUGCUGAACCAGCAGCACACCGCGGAGUGCACCAUCGUGUACUCAGGUGGGUGCCCGCCGAGAACUGGUCGCACUCGCCGCGUUCCGCUGGCUGCAAAGAAGGUGGAGACAGGAGCGGUUAAGUUCCCGGUCGCACGCACCAAGAUUCAGACGACGAAGAAAGGCUCCUUCACAGGCUGCGGCGAGGCUUCUACGUACCAAGGCACUUACUCAGGCGUGGAGUACCGUGCGGUUUCUGAAAUGCCCCUCGUGUCUGCAGACACCAAGAAGAAGAUCAUUGCUCCGGCAACAACCGGCGACCUCCCGACACCGCCAGAGGACUGGCAGGAUCGCCACGGCUCCGCCGUACCCUUGUUCUGGAACGAGUCGAAGCCGAUAGCAUAUUGGAAUGCCAUCAUUGAGGAGUUUUGCGCGGAGGCAGUGUUUGACCUCACGGCUGGCACCGGUGCUCUGAUGGAGGCAUCUUUGACUGCCGGCAUCGCAUACCACGGGCUUUGCAGCCUCAACAAGGAGCACAUGUCGUGGGUCCAGGUGGUUGCUGAUCGCGCAGCUUGCGGAAUGAUGGCUUUGGAGGGAUCCACUCUUUACUCGGACGAGAAUGCCAAGGCGGUGAAGAAGCAUUUCCCGCACGUUCUGGAGAGCUUGUCCAACCAAGACGACCAGGACGAGGCACCUGCUGAGCCAGAUAGUUCCCAGGCUCUGAGGUUCCCUGCUUGGGUGCGACAUGGGCUGCCGAUGGAGGCCUACCAGACGCCUCUGGGGCAAAACCAGUCUCAAGACGGCUUCUCGUCGGAUGCCCCGGGGGCUGUGAAAGACGGCUUGGUCCCCAAGGCUCGAAGGGCCUUCGUCAUCUGGUUCCAGGAAAACUCCGAAGUCAAGAAAGGCGCUCCCAAGCACGAGUUUCUCAAUGAGAUGAAGCAUCUUGGCGCAGUCUGGCAGGGCAUGACCGACAAGCAGAAGGCACCAUUCAUGGCGAGGAGCAAAGAUGAGUUCAUGGCUCAGCGAAGUGCACUGGCCGUUCUUGGCAUCAGUAUGCGGGGCUCCACGACCAGUGCGGGCGGCCCCGACGAGGCGAAGGACCCCCCUGCCGCUGACGAAUCUGGCGGUCGCGUUGGCCCAUUUGAGCUUAAUGGUGCAAGGGCUCCAAUUGGAGGCGGAGCCUAUGGCAGUGUCUACAGUUGCCAGCAUCCGCAAAGCGGCCUUAACCUGGCGGUGAAGGUUUAUCGUGGCUCCGAUGGCCCCGCGGAUUGCAGGCACGAAGUGGAGCAGAUGAAGCUUCUAAUGAAGGCCGUUCCGCAGCAGAAGAUGAUGCGGUUCCCGCUUCUUGUCAGCUCGGGUGUCACGGGCAGACCUUGGCCAUGGAUGGCUACUAGCCUAUGUGGGCCCAGCCUGGCAACCGCACUUCGAAAUCCUGCGGCGCAUGGCAAGCCGAGGACGUGGUCUGUGGCAGCUCAGCUGAGAAGUGCACUGCAGACCUUGCAUGACGCAGGCAUCCUACACUUGGAUGUGAAACCUGGCAAUGUUCUUUGGUGCCCUUGCACAGAUCAGGUGCAGGUGUGCGACUUCGGCAUGAGUGAGAACAUGGCACGGCUCCAGAAGGCUUCUCAUGCUCCCAGGUUCCUGCAGUAUGUCACGGCUGCCUAUCGACCUCCGGAGCUGUGGCCCGCUCGUGUGAAUGGCGAUGGGGACUGCGGUGUCAGAAAGCAGCUGCUGACUGCAGCUGUGGAUAUGUGGGCCUAUGCUUGCGUGGUGUUUGAGGUGGAGACCGGGAAUCCCUUCAUGCCCAAGGGGGAGGCCGGACUGAGAGCGUGGUGCAAGCAGUGGCCCGAGCUGUGGAAAACACGCAGCGACUUAUCCAAUUGCCCCGCUGCAAGUCACACGUGCUGCACAAAGGUGCUUCGAGCCGGUAAAUGGGGGCUGUUUGUGUUGGUCGGCUGUGCUCCAGACCCCGGAAAGCGGCGGUGGCCGGAGCUCUGUCUGAAUCAGAAAUGA